CCCGCCCCGAGGGAGAGCCGCGGCGCGGCGGGAGGAGGUGGAGGAGGCGGAGGAGGGAGCCCGCGAGGGAGGGUCCACCCGGCCCCCCGCCGCCCGAGCCGCCGGAGCCGCCUCAGCGGCCUCAGGAACGAGUCGCUAGGGGAACAUGGCGCCGGGCCCGCCGUCGCUGCGGCCGGGAUCGAGGAGGCCGGGGCCGCGCUGAGGGCGCCCCCAAGGCUGGCCGACAUGUUGGCUAUUUGGCGAUGAGGAGUAGGAAGAACUGACACCAUACUGGUUUAGAACACUAUGGGACCUGACAUUUGCCCUGCUUGGGCAGCCAGUGUCCACUGGCACUGCUAAGACGCCCUCACUCUACUGCAAAACACUAAUCUGAUCUUGGAAGUGGCUGGUUGUGGCAGGAUGUUUCGAAGAUGAUGAUGGCAAGAAAGCAAGAUGUCCGAAUCCCCACCUACAACAUCAGUGUGGUGGGAUUGUCCGGCACUGAGAAGGAGAAAGGCCAGUGCGGUAUUGGGAAGUCUUGUCUAUGUAACCGCUUUGUGCGCCCGAGUGCUGAUGAGUUUCACCUGGACCACACUUCUGUCCUCAGCACCAGUGACUUUGGUGGGCGGGUGGUCAAUAAUGACCACUUUCUGUACUGGGGAGAAGUUAGCCGCUCCCUGGAGGACUGUGUGGAGUGUAAGAUGCACAUUGUGGAGCAGACUGAGUUUAUUGAUGAUCAGACUUUCCAGCCUCAUCGAAGCACGGCACUGCAGCCCUACAUCAAGAGAGCCGCAGCCACCAAACUUGCUUCAGCUGAAAAACUCAUGUAUUUUUGCACUGACCAGCUGGGGCUGGAGCAAGACUUUGAGCAGAAACAGAUGCCAGAUGGGAAGCUGCUGGUUGACGGUUUCCUUCUGGGCAUCGAUGUUAGCAGGGGCAUGAACAGGAACUUCGAUGACCAGCUCAAGUUUGUCUCCAAUCUCUACAAUCAGCUUGCAAAAACAAAAAAGCCCAUAGUGGUCGUCCUGACUAAGUGUGAUGAGGGCGUUGAGCGGUACAUUAGAGAUGCACAUACUUUUGCCUUAAGCAAAAAGAACCUCCAGGUUGUAGAGACCUCUGCAAGGUCCAAUGUGAAUGUGGACUUGGCUUUCAGCACCUUAGUGCAGCUCAUUGACAAGAGUCGAGGGAAGACGAAAAUCAUCCCUUACUUUGAAGCUCUCAAGCAGCAGAGUCAGCAGAUAGCUACAGCAAAGGACAAGUAUGAGUGGUUGGUGAGCCGCAUUGUGAAAAACCACAAUGAGAACUGGCUAAGUGUCAGCCGAAAGAUGCAGGCCUCCCCAGAGUACCAGGACUAUGUCUACCUGGAAGGGACACAGAAGGCCAAGAAGCUCUUCCUGCAGCACAUUCACCGCCUCAAGCAUGAGCAUAUUGAGCGUCGGAGAAAGCUCUACCUGGCAGCGCUGCCGUUGGCUUUUGAAGCCCUCAUACCUAAUCUAGAUGAAGUGGACCACCUGAGCUGCAUUAAAGCAAAAAAGCUGUUAGAGACCAAGCCAGAGUUCUUGAAGUGGUUUGUUGUACUUGAAGAAACACCAUGGGAUGCCACCAGUCACAUUGACAACAUGGAGAAUGAGCGGAUUCCCUUUGACUUGAUGGACACAGUCCCUGCUGAGCAGUUGUAUGAGACCCACUUGGAGAAACUGAGGAACGAGAGGAAGAGAGCUGAGAUGCGUAGGGCUUUCAAAGAAAACCUGGAGACCUCUCCUUUCAUAACUCCUGGGAAACCUUGGGAAGAAGCUCGUAGUUUUAUUAUGAAUGAAGACUUCUACCAGUGGCUGGAAGAAUCUGUGUACAUGGAAAUCUACGGCAAGCAUCAAAAGCAGAUCAUAGACCGGGCAAAGGAAGAGUUCCAAGAGUUGCUUUUGGAGUAUUCAGAAUUGUUUUAUGAGCUGGAGCUGGAUGCUAAACCCAGCAAGGAGAAGAUGGGUGUCAUCCAGGAUGUUCUGGGUGAAGAGCAGCGAUUUAAGGCGUUGCAGAAGCUUCAAGCUGAGCGCGAUGCUCUCAUUCUGAAGCACAUUCAUUUUGUGUACCACCCCACGAAGGAGACGUGCCCAAGCUGUCCAGCUUGUGUAGACGCUAAGAUUGAACACUUGAUCAGUUCUCGCUUUAUUCGACCAUCUGAUAGGAAUCAGAAGAACUCUCUAUCUGACCCCAAUAUUGAUAGGAUCAAUUUGGUUAUCUUAGGCAAAGAUGGCCUUGCCCGAGAGUUGGCCAAUGAAAUUCGAGCUCUUUGUACAAAUGAUGACAAGUAUGUAAUAGAUGGUAAAAUGUAUGAGCUUUCUCUGAGGCCAAUAGAGGGGAAUGUCCGGCUUCCUGUGAACUCUUUCCAGACACCAACCUUCCAACCCCAUGGCUGCCUCUGCCUUUACAAUUCAAAGGAGUCACUAUCCUAUGUGGUGGAGAGUAUAGAGAAGAGCAGAGAGUCUACACUGGGCAGGCGGGAUAAUCACUUAGUCCACCUCCCCUUGACCUUAAUUUUAGUUAAUAAGAGAGGGGACACAAGUGGAGAGACUCUGCACAGCUUAAUACAGCAAGGUCAGCAGAUUGCCAGCAAACUUCAGUGUGUCUUUCUUGAUCCUGCUUCUGCUGGCAUUGGUUAUGGACGCAAUAUUAACGAGAAGCAGAUCAGUCAAGUUCUGAAGGGACUCCUGGACUCUAAGCGCAACUUAAACCUGGUUAGCUCCACUGCUAGUAUCAAAGAUUUGGCUGAUGUGGACCUUCGAAUUGUCAUGUGUCUGAUGUGUGGUGAUCCCUUUAGUGCAGAUGACAUUCUCUCUCCUGUCCUACAGUCUCAAACUUGUAAAUCUUCCCACUGUGGGAGCAGCAACUCUGUUUUACUUGAACUUCCAAUUGGACUACACAAGAAGCGCAUUGAGCUGUCUGUUCUUUCAUACCAUUCCUCAUUUAGCAUCCGAAAGAGCCGGUUGGUUCAUGGGUACAUUGUUUUUUAUUCAGCCAAACGUAAGGCCUCUUUGGCAAUGUUACGUGCCUUUCUUUGUGAAGUGCAGGAUAUUAUCCCCAUCCAGCUUGUUGCACUCACUGAUGGCGCUAUAGAUGUCUUGGACAAUGACUUAAGUCGAGAGCAGCUAACAGAGGGAGAGGAAAUUGCACAAGAAAUUGAUGGGAGAUUCACAAGCAUCCCUUGUAGCCAGCCCCAGCAUAAACUUGAGCUCUUUCACCCCUUUUUUAAAGAUGUGGUGGAGAAAAAGAACAUAAUUGAGGCCACGCACAUGUAUGAUAAUGUGGCUGAGGCCUGCAGCACCACUGAGGAGGUGUUCAACUCCCCCAGAGCUGGGUCACCCCUCUGCAACUCAAACUUACAGGAUUCAGAAGAAGAUGUGGAGCCUCCAUCGUACCACCUGUUUCGGGAAGAUGCGACAUUGCCGUCCCUGUCCACAGAUCAUUCCAAGUUCUCUCUGGAGCUGGAGGGAAAUGACGGCCUGUCUUUCAUAAUGAGCAAUUUUGAGAGUAAACUCAACAACAAAGUACCUCCACCAGUCAAACCAAAGCCUCCUGUGCAUUUUGAUAUCACAAAAGACCUUUCCUACUUAGACCAAGGCCAUCGGGAGGGACAGAGGAAGUCUAUGUCUUCUAGCCCCUGGAUGCCUCACGAUGGGUUUGAUCCUUCUGACUACGCAGAGCCCAUGGAUGCUGUGGUCAAGCCAAGGAAUGAGGAAGAAAACAUAUACUCAGUGCCCCACGACAGCACCCAGGGCAAGAUCAUUACCAUUCGGAACAUCAACAAAGCCCAGUCCAAUGGCAGUGGUAAUGGUUCUGACAGUGAGAUGGACACAAGUUCUCUAGAGCGAGGCCGCAAGAUAUCUGCAGUGAGUAAGCCUGUUCUGUACAGGACGAGAUGCACUCGCCUGGGGCGGUUUGCUAGUUAUCGCACCAGCUUCAGUGUCGGGAGUGAUGAUGAGCUGGGACCCAUCCGAAAGAAAGAGGAAGACCAGGCAUCCCAGGGUUAUAAAGGGGACAAUGCUGUCAUUCCAUAUGAAACAGAUGAGGACCCCAGGAGGAGAAAUAUCCUUCGAAGUCUAAGGAGGAACACCAAGAAACCAAAGCCCAAACCACGGCCGUCCAUCACAAAGGCAACCUGGGAAAGUAACUAUUUUGGAGUGCCCUUAACAACAGUGGUGACUCCAGAGAAGCCGAUACCCAUUUUCAUUGAAAGAUGCAUUGAGUACAUUGAAGCCACAGGACUAAGCACUGAAGGCAUCUACCGGGUCAGCGGAAACAAGUCAGAAAUGGAAAGUUUACAGAGACAGUUUGAUCAAGACCACAAUCUGGACUUGGCCGAGAAAGACUUCACUGUGAACACCGUGGCAGGGGCCAUGAAGAGUUUUUUCUCAGAGCUACCAGACCCCCUGGUACCAUACAGCAUGCAGAUUGACUUGGUAGAAGCUCACAAAAUCAACGACAGGGAACAGAAGUUGCAUGCUCUGAAGGAAGUGCUGAAGAAAUUCCCAAAGGAAAACCAUGAAGUCUUCAAAUAUGUCAUCUCCCACCUGAACAAAGUCAGCCACAACAACAAGGUGAAUCUCAUGACCAGUGAGAACCUGUCCAUCUGCUUCUGGCCCACGCUGAUGCGGCCUGACUUCAGCAGCAUGGACGCGCUCACAGCCACGCGCUCCUACCAGACCAUCAUCGAGCUCUUCAUCCAGCAGUGCCCCUUCUUCUUCUACAACCGGCCCAUCAGCGAGCCUCCAGGGGCUGCGCCCGGCUCCCCUUCAGCCAUGGCUCCCACCGUCCCCUUCCUCACCUCUACACCUGCCAGCAGUCAGCCAUCACCUCCCCAGUCCCCUCCUCCAACCCCUCAGUCCCCAAUGCAGCCAUUGCUCCCUUCUCAGCUCCAAGCCGAGCACACGCUGUGAGCCGCCACAGCCCAGGAAGCGGGAACAUCAGUCGUCUUCUUGACGGGGUAGGAUCUGGCCUUGAACAAAAUCAGGUUCCCUGGGGUGGAAGUCACAGCCAAGCGCCUUUCUAAGACUUGAGUGGUGUCGUCCACGGCUGGGCAGUUGAGCAGCCUGCCCUGCCCUGCCCUGGCUAUGGCUGUGGCAGCAGUAAGGCCUCCCCUUGGUCUGGGUCGAUCUGCAGACUGAACUGACCAGCGAGCGGCCCCAGGGCCCUGACUGCUCCUUGGCCCCUUGCCCAGCCUGUCUGCCUGCACCAGCUCCAGGCCCCACCAUCAGGACGUCACCCCAGCCUCUGCCAGGGGCAGAGGUAACCCCAGCAGGGCUGGCCCCUCUAAAGAGGACGUUUCCUAGUUUGUCCUCUCUCGUUGUCCAUACCCACACACACCUGCAGCAGGGGUCUGGGGACCGUGUGGGCUUUGGCUCUGCUACCCCAUAGACACACUGGGGCGCCAGCAUGGCCCAGCAGCACAGCAAGAGGAGAGCUUUGUGCCUAGACCCAGUGUGUGGCUUUCCUCCAGCCCCUCCCCAGGCUUCUGAUCCAUUCCCUGCAGCAAAGGAACACUGGAAGAAAGAUGGAACUCCUCCACAGAGACAGAAAGACAGAAAUCACGGGAAGAAAACAGACCUCAAGUUUCCACUCCCACAUGCCAGGUGGCCACUGGGUAAAAAAAGUCCCUUUGUGUAUGUAUGACAGCAAGGCAAGGACACCUGGGCAGUAACUACACCCACCGCCCCUCUCCCCACCCCACUGUUGACCAACACACUACAUAUACUACUAGAGAAACACUACAGGGGUGUGCACACGGCACCCAGGCUAGCGUGCUUGCUGUUGAAGUGGGGUCAUUUCAUUUCAUGCAACAGAGGUGUCUGGGAUCUGAGCAGGUAUGACACCUUCCAGAAAUGAUCAUAUGACUGUGGGAUGGAGGGAACCUGUUCUCAAGCAAAGGCGCCAUGCCUGGCUUGUCACCACACAGCCCCAGCCCUCACCCUUCCCCAGCAGCCUCCCCAUACUCUGCUCCUGAUGUGGCGGCCCUUAUUGGCUCCUGCCUUUGCCACACACAGACACACACACACACACCAGUCGAAGCACUGGACCAUGGAAUUUGACACUAAGGUACCCCGAGCAUAGGAGGGGCAUGGGUUGCACCAUUGCACUUUAGAAAUAACACAUGGGAGUGUUCCCAAGGGCCUCAGGUGGACUGCCACCCUGCCUUUUCCUCUGUAGGACAAGAGGAGGAUGACUGGCCUAUGGCCAGGGUCCUGGCUGUCUCCCUAUCUCUAAUACUUGGCAACAUAAGGUGCUUGCAAACACUAAGACUGUCCCCUGCAAAGUAAUCUACAAGACCAGACCAGACCCAAGGCACACGUGUUAUACGUAAAUGUUUUCCUUCCUGGGGUCUGUGUUGGUUGUUGUGGGCCUGGAGCCAAUAGAAACAUAAUGUGUGUAGUGUCCACUAAGGUCGCAGUCAGUCCCUACCCUGACUUAUGCCCCAAGCCUCAGCUAGAGAAAUGGCUUCCAGUCCAUAGCUUCCGUGUUGAGUCUUUGCAGAGAUGGAAGUGGAGCUGUCCUGCUAUGAACAGAGUUAUGAACCAGGCCACCCAUCUCUGAGGCUGCUAUGGUGCCUGUUAUGUCGGCAGUGGGCGGCAGACGGGCACAUGGCUACUUGGACCUCUCUGUGGACACCAGGCUGGUGGACCUCACCUUUGCUUCGGGCACUCUGGGUGACAUUCCACUCAUGACAAGGCAACCUGGGGAACUACAGAAGUCAGAGCACUCAGGGCUUGCGUGAGUAGCCAGGUCAGCUGCUGCCCUACCCCGAAAGUAGCCCUGGAGGUGAUCGCAGCCUAGCACCGCCCAACAUCCCCACGAUCCCCAGGGCUGGGUCUUGUGUUUCACGUUGGUUGGUAUGCGGUCCUUCUGCACUGUCCCACCAUCUCAUCUCUGCUUUUUAAGGGAUCUGGAAAGGUCUGCAGCUCUGUCUGACCCUACACUCUCCAUUUUCCCCAGCCAAGGCAGGCAGGCAGCAGUAACAAACUUCUUAGAACCUCCACACUGUUUCUACCACUACAUGGGGUAAGAUAAGCACCUUGUAGGCCAGAGGGGUGGGGUGAGCCCUCCUGUAGUCUGCACCCCUGGUGUAGUGGGAAGAAGCCCUGAAGACCUGCAUCCCCUAAGUGAGGACCUGCAGGGUACUUUGUGCUCUGCCCCCAGACCCUCAGACUUAACAGUGGGCCAACUAUCAUCCUCAUCUCCCAAAGUCAUCAACAGGUGGCAGGAAGUGGUCCUCCAUCUCAGUCACCACAGUGCGCAUAGGGAGGGCACAGGAGGGGCUGGGUCAGUCCAGCCCUGCUGCAGCCAGGGACACUGAGAGGCUAAGGCUAGAGGCACUGGUGCCCAGUUGCGAAGCCACCCAAGGAGUGGAGCCAGAACAUAAGUUACUGUUCGCAUUAAAGAAUCAUGUUCCCUGUGUACAUUUUAAGCAAAGGAGAAGUCUCGGAUUGUGUGGGAAUAAAACUUGUUUGAAACUUUGGAA